AUGUCCGAUUUGGAUACACUAAAAAGUUUACUUUACUCGAGAAGUAUCGAUUCGAAUAAUGUCAAACCAUAUACCGGUUUCCAUUAUAAUACAGCUGGUGACUUAGUCCUUUCAACUCCAUCACUUGAUUCGUAUCGCGUUAAUAAAGAUCCAAUGUAUCCAUUCGAAGGCGGUCGUCCACAACAUCCACCUAACGAACUCGAUCAACGUGUUCUGAAUUACAACACACUCGAAAUGCGUCGUUAUCAAUUUCUUCGAAUGAAACAACCAGCUUCCCGUUAUGUUUCACGUAUAUUUGAAGAACGAUUUGGCUCUGCUAGCUCGCCUCGUGCUGAGCCAAAACGAACCAUUCGUGUCGCCAAAGCGCCCGGCUAUCGAUUACUUUUAGAUCGAAUUGCCAAUCAAGAUCAGACAAUGGUCUCUCAACGUUUCAAUAAAAUUGCGCCGUUUGUUACCGAACAUGGAACUAAUGUCAAUGCUGAUCCAGUUCUACGACAGAUGAUGGCUUGA